AUGGUGGGGACGGGCAUGGCGAACCCGUUUCCUGCGGCGGCGGCGGCUGCGGCAGCAGCGGCUCAGUUCGCGGCCAACGGCGACGCGUUAGCCGGAGUGAAGGCCGAAACAGUUGGACACACAGCACCACAGCAGGCUCAACUGGUUAAAAGCGAAGGCCCACCGCCACCGGCUCCACUCCCGCCUGCCAAUUUCUCACCGCAACCUCCCCCACAGCCGCACACACAGAACUCGAUAGAAAAUCAAAACAAUAACUCGCAGAGCGAGGGCGAAUCAACAGAGGAGAGCACGCCUGUGAGCGUGGCGGCGGCGGUGGUGGCGCAACAAGCGGCCGCGGCGGCGCAGCAGGCGGUCGCCGCGCACGCCGCCGCCGCCGCCGCCGCGGCCGCCACCGCGAACGCCGCCUCCGACAAGAGCCUCGUGCCCGUCUCACAAGCCUCCCAGCCGAAGAGGCUACAUGUCUCCAACAUACCUUUCCGCUUCAGAGAUCCCGACUUAAGAAAUAUGUUCGGCCAAUAUGGAACGAUACUUGAUGUAGAAAUUAUCUUCAAUGAACGCGGCUCGAAGGGAUUCGGUUUUGUAACAUUCGCAAAUAGUGGUGAUGCGGAGCGAGCACGAGAGCGUCUUCACGGCACCGUGGUUGAGGGCAGAAAGAUAGAGGUUAAUAAUGCUACUGCGAGAGUUCAAACAAAGAAACCACCAACGGUCCCCAACGUGUGCGUCCAAUGGCCGGAAGGGCUGCGGGUGUCCGGCGUGACGUGGCCGUGGCUGGGCGCGGCGCCGGCCGCCACGCCCGCGCCGCAGCUCGUGCUGGCGCCGCGCGCCGCGCAGCGACGCAGUGUCUAUUACGAUCCCUUCCUAGCGGCGGCAGCGACGGCGGAUUCCAACUAUAGACUACAGGCCGCGAAGCCCGCAGUCGAGGUAAAUCACCACGUGUUUUCAGCUCGGUUUCGAUAUGUGACUAUUAUCUGUUUACUAUCGCUUUCUAAUUCAUGUUUCACUGCGCUAGUACCUACAAGUUUGAAAAAGUCGUUGUGGAGUGUGUGCUGGGACUUGGUUGCUCUUUCAUUUAUCCGUUUGGCUCCCGAUAAGACACCGCAACGCAAGGUGCACUGUUUGUGGUAA